GCGUUGCUGUCGCGUGAAAGCGGGUAAAUUUCCACUACAUCGUAGAUCAACUAAAAAAACCACGCGAGAAAUCAAUCAAUCCUAGCAAGGCAAGCCAUGGAAUAGUUCAGGUGUCGAUAGUGGGCUGUGCUAGCGAAGAAAUUCAUGCAUUCGUUCGUUCGAGACCGUGCUUUCGAUUUUGCUUUACUUUAACCGAUGACGUAUUAGUAGAUCCCUCUUUUUCUUUUUCUUUUUUUCCCCUGCUAAGCUGAAAUGGCUCUUCAUCCGAUCUUUUCUUCCGACCCUUGGGCAACAAUCUUGAAACUUGCCAACUUUGCGAAGCCACAUGCUCACGGGACGGCAAUUUACACAACGCAUAAUGCGCCGACCCGGCUACUAGGUAACGACGGCAGGGCCCCAUUCAAUUCAGCAGGUACGGGGUUCAAGUGGGAAUUUUGUCAUGCUGGCAACAAAUGAGGCGAUGAUCUAUGUUUCUCUGCUCGUAGGCGAGAAAAAAAGAAUUGAAAAAAAUUCCACGCACAACCCUGAAGCGGUCUGCGCCUGAUGGGAAUCCAACAAUUCUAGUUACCAGGUUAAGUGUUCACCCUCACAGACCGACCACACCGUUUCGUGCAUCAAUCCGGGACCCUUGGUGGUAUGACUCAAUUUCUAGGAUCACUACGCCAAAGACCACGGUGAGUUGUCAUAAGGCUAGCUGCCAUGUCGCAAGCGCAAGCGCACUCUUCAUCCGAGGUCCAUCGGAAGGCGCCAAUAAUCAAAGCCGUAUUCUUCGACUUCAUGGGUACAUGUCUCGAUUGGCACAGCGGAGUCAUCAAAGCCUUACCAGACGCUAUAGCGGAGUCUACCCGCUCGAAAUUGGCACUUAACUGGCGAGAAGAAUUCUUCAGCGAGGUGCAUGCGCGGUCGGCGCAGGGUCUACCGCUUGAGGAUAUUGACGUCACACAUCGCAGAACAUUGCUCCGGAUUCUAAAUCGGGAUGUUUAUGAAAGAGAGCGGCAAUAUUUCGUUGGGUUUACAAGUGUUCCCUCAGACGGCAGCGCGACUACGGUCCCUGCGAUUGAGGGCGCUGUACGAGCAUGGCACAAUAUGGCCUCAUGGUCGGAUGUUAAGCCUGCGCUAACCGCGCUAAAGAAUGAGUUGGGCCUGGAGUUGUUUGUGUUGGCUAAUGGAACCACGAGGCUACAACUUGACCUGGUCCGUUCUUCUGGUUUGGAUGGCACUUUCAGUAUGCUGUUUUCUAGUGAACUGCUAGGCGUCUAUAAACCGGCGCCGGAGGCCUACGAGAAGGCAAUGCGUCUGGUCGGCGUGCGGCCGGAAGAGGCCGUUAUGGUUGCAGCCCAUGCGUAUGACCUCAGGGCUGCGAAGAAGUUAGGCCUAAGUACGGUGUAUGUUUACCGUUGGACUGAUGAUGGCAGUGAAGAUAUGAAUGUUGUUAGAAACGAGAACAACGUGUUUCUCGGUGACAACGGAAUGCAAGGAUUGCCUUCCGCGAUCAGGGCCUUGGGUCAGGUCUAACAGCAACGUUGUUAAUGACGGAUUUACACAUCACAAAUCCUACCGACGGCCUUGUAGGGCGCCGAACCAGAAUGUUCGAUUCAGAGGAUGUUCCUGCCGUGGCGUAGGGCAAUGUCGUGCAUAUGGAGGCCUCUCAUCGAUGGAUUAUUGGGUUACCAAGAGGCUCGUGUGUGUAGCAUUGAAGGAAUGAACGCAUAGGUUACAUAACACUGUCACUAUCGACACAUAAUUAGCUGUGUAUCUACAGAAGGAAUACCUAAUUAUCUCAGUGUGUGUGUGUGUGUGUGUGGUGUAGGCGCAGUCCAAGCCACCGGAGUUGAUGAAAACCCGAACGGCAAUUCUCGGAAUGUGUACAAAAAUACAUAACCCCCUCCCCGGCUUGCUUAGGGUUUAUACUAUAGUGGAUCUUCAUCAGGGAUCUUACGGGAAUCCUUGUCACACAAUCAGCGUCUAGAUUUACUAGAUUUGGUACCAAAUUAGGAAACACUGAUUUCCUUUUAACCAAUCAGAGACGCGUAUCUUUGUUCGUCGCGUCUAAUUUGAAAGUCACUAAUCUUUUUAGGACCAAUCACACACAUCAAAUUGCUUCUCCUUCUCUAUUGUCGUGAC